AUGUCGGGCUCACGCCUCCUCGAGAGUCUUGAUGUCUCAGCCUCUCCUCUGCUUGUGUCAGACAGCAGCGAGGUCGUUAGCUCCUUGACUAGCACUCAAGGGAAUGUACAGCGUCGACGCAGCGCUCGUCUCUCCAGGGACAACUCUCACCCGCGCGAAGUUGUAAUUCGCCUCCCCUUUGCGUCUUCGCCCAAAGCACAACCUACCCGCAUGCUCCGUUCGCACUCUCAAAGGACAAGCCUUCCAACAUCUGCGCAGGUCUCGAAGCUCAAGCGUGCUCAAUCCGAUGCCAAUGUCACUCUUACACGUCCUAAGUACCGUUUUCGACGCGGGCGCGCUACACCCAAAGCUACCGAUCCUGCCAAUUACGUGCUAGAUGAUGAGAAGACAUCGCAGGCGCUACCGGUGAUCCCCACAGGGUCUGGACUUGCUGUCGAUUUUCUCACUCCUAGGGCCCGUAGUGCGAGCGCGUCGACCACGGUCUCGCAGGAGAAGAGUGAAUUCGGGUCAGGGGUCGUGGAGGCAAUGGGGGAGAUGGUGGUCUGA